AUGAAGCUAUCCAAUCCAAUUUCUGCGGUUGCUUCGCUGCUCUGUCUCAUUCCUGCUUCCCUGGCCUUGAUUGCCACAGAAUGGACCGUGUCUAAUGUACCUGGAACCGGGCUGAAGGACAUUACCUUCCCGCUCACGAUUGCCGAAGCGGACCACAUCGAGGGCUACUAUUUUGCCCAGCAGUUCGGGUUCGUAGGCCAAAAUGACGUCGGUUAUACCGGAAUCCAACCAAGGCCAGACAACGGAGGCCAGUCAGUCCUCCACGGCGUCUUCUCGAGCUUCAUUGCUGGUACAUCUACCAACGAUCCAAAUUGCACCCCAGGAGCGGAUGGCGGACCAGGAGUAUCCUGUAGUGUCGAAUGGAAUGGAGUAUAUGGGCGGAAGUACAACUUCGAGGUCAAGACCGCGGGGAGCAAUGUUUGGGUGGGCACUGCGAUUGAUACAGUAACAAGGCAGCGCAUACGCAUCGGGAGUUACACUCUCCCUGCUGGUACGCAGGGCAUUACAGGUAGCCAAGUCGGCUUCGUUGAAUGGUACCCAUGGAACGGCUACGAGCCGCCAAACCACUGCCAGCGUCUGCCCUACCAGAGGACGAUCUUUGGGAAUCCAACCACCACGCAUUCGGGUUCCAUCGGGACACAAGGUUUGGCGUACGAAUAUGGCGAUUGCGUUGGGGAUGUGGCUUUUAACACUUCCACAGUCGUAGGGGGGAUAUCAAACAAUUGUGGGUUCAGGGGGCAGACGGGGUAUUGA